GACAUCAUGCAGACGUCACAAAGAGCUCGAGGAGCGUCAAGUGCUUCGACAACGGAAUAACAUCUUUAGUCGUGGGAGACUGAUGUGUAUCUAUCAUAUUGCAGAUUGUGAAGUUGUUUUUCUUUUAUUUCCGACGAGUCUCUUAAAAUAACGCAUUCUUUAAGUAUCAGAGCAUACAUUCGCCCAGAACUGAAAACCUCAGAUUGGAGGAAACAUUAACUUAAAGAGACCUUUUCUAAGGUUGACUCGUCACUCACCCCAGCAGUACCGGAGAUGGGAAGCAAUACGCAUCACAACCAGGACGAUGUCCUCAAAUCUGCCGACUCCACGGCCUGGUUUCACAGCUACUUGCACGGAGGGACGUCUAGCCUGAUCUCCACCAUGACCACCGUCAUCAUAUUCCCUUUGUACAAGACCGUCUUCCGGCAGCAGCUGCACAGCACUUUAGUGCGAGAAGCGGUGGCCCAGUUAUUCAAGGAGGGUCCGGUGAAGCUGUACCGUGGAGUGGCACCACCCCUGCUGAUGAGAUUCCUUAACGGGACGCUUCUCUUCGGCCUCCAGGACACCUUCCUUCAUCACCUUCCUUCAUUCAUCUCCGCGACUCCUCUUCCCAGGGACGCUCUCCCCGCCCUGGCAGGUUUCGGCGUGGGUGUGGUGGAGGCCUUGCUCUUCACCCCAUUCGAGCGCGUGCAGAACGUCCUGCAGAACAGCAGGAACAACAGUCGUCUUCCCACCUUACGAAGUGUAUUGCUCAAACUAGCUUCAAAACCGCUAGCAUCCGGAUACUACACAGCCUUUCUGCCUAUCCUCGUCCGUAACGCCGUAGGGAGCAGCCUGUAUUUUGGCCUGAAGGACCCCAUGUCGAACACCCUCAGGGAUAACGGAUGUUCCCCGGUUGCAUCUUCUUUCAUGGCUGGUGUUUUAAACUCAAUGGUGAUCAGUCUAUCGCUGUACCCUCUUUCUGUUCUGGUGGCCAACAUGCAAGCGCAAGCAGAAGGAGGACAAAGAGGAGUGAGGUCCAGCUGGCAGCGUCUCUGGGCGGCACGUCAGCACAGAUUGCCUCUUCUGUACCGCGGAGGAUUCUUGGUCAUCUUCCGCUCCUGCGUCACCUGGGGAAUCACUACGGCCAUAUACGACCAGCUGGAGAGGCACUCGAGAUGACGAUCCCCAAGCCCAGAGCAUCUCAGGUUAAUCGGCAAUGCUGUUUUGCAGCGAUGACAUACACUACACUAUUAAGAUUUCUAAUGUUUUU